AUGGCGCCUGGUUCUAACUUGUGGACGAUAGCAAGGAGAGACCCGGGAGGGACGUUCACAGGUGGAGAGGGGGCACGUCCUUGCGCUAGGCUCCUCUUCCCUAAUAAGGGGGCCUCCAAAGCUCUCAGAUCUUCCUGUUUGAGGAGCCACUCGGAGGACGGUGUAGAGUUCAUGUAUGACGGGGAGUCGGGUGGACCGACGGCCAGGCAGCGAGCCGCGGGGUGGAGGAGCGAAGGCGCGGGGAGGAGGGGGGAAGGGCGGGAAGCGACCCGCAGGCAGCGCCCCGGGGCGGGUGGCGCGGGAAAGGGUCGUACCCGGGCGGAAGGGGCCGCAGGCCGGGGUUCGGCGCCCGCCGGGGGUUUGGGGACCGAGCUCUGCCGACUAGGUCAGCGGGACCCCGGACGCGGGGUCGGGGGCCGGCGGAGGGCGGGACGGGACGGGGAAGGAGAGGGAGCCGGGAGAGGAGGGGCGAGGGGCGGCGGCGAUGGAGCCGGGGGAAGCCCGGCAGGCACCGUCUCCUUCCGGAGAGGAGACCGGCUCCGGGCCCGGGAGCUGGCCGGGGCGUCCGAGGUGUACGUGGGGGUGAUGACCGCGCACAAGUACCUGGGCGGCCGCGCGCUGGCGGCGCAGCGGACCUGGGCGCGCUCCGUGCCCGGCCGCGUGGAGUUCUUCUCCAGCGAGCAGUCUGCCGGCUCCGCGCGCGGCCAGCCCGCGCUACCCCUGCCUGUUGUCGCGCUGCCUGGGGUGGACGACUCCUAUCCUCCGCAGAAGAAGUCCUUCAUGAUGAUCAAGUACAUGCACGACCACUACCUGGACCAGUACGAGUGGUUUAUGCGCGCGGACGACGACGUCUACAUCAAAGGCGAUAAGUUAGAAGAGUUUCUGCGAUCCCUGAACAGCAGUGAGCCUCUUUACCUAGGACAGACUGGCCUGGGGAACAUUGAAGAGCUUGGAAAGCUGGGGCUGGAACCCGGGGAGAAUUUCUGUAUGGGAGGACCCGGCAUGAUCUUCAGUAGAGAAGUGCUUAGGAGGAUGGUGCCACAUAUUGGCAAAUGCCUGCGAGAGAUGUACACGACUCAUGAGGAUGUGGAAGUAGGAAGAUGUGUUCGGCGCUUUGGUGGGACGCAGUGUGUCUGGUCUUAUGAGAUGCAGCAACUAUUCCAUGAAAACUAUGAGCACAACCGGAAGGGUUAUAUCCAAGACCUGCACAACAGCAAAAUUCAUGCAGCUAUAACUCUGCACCCCAACAAAAGGCCUGCGUACCAAUAUAGGCUGCAUAACUAUAUGCUGAGUCGUAAAAUUUCUGAGCUUCGACACCGCACUAUCCAGCUCCACAGGGAGAGUGCUCUGAUGAGUAAGCUCAGUAACACUGAGGUGAGCAAGGAGGACCAGCAGCUGGGAGUCAUGCCUUCUUUUAACCACUUCCAGCCUCGAGAGAGAAAUGAAGUAAUAGAAUGGGAGUUCUUGACAGGAAAGCUCCUCUACUCAGCUGCUGAGAACCAGCCACCUCGACAAAGCAUCAAUAGCAUCCUAAAAGCUGCACUGGAUGACACUGUCCUGCAAGUGAUGGAGAUGAUCAAUGAGAAUGCCAAGAGCAGAGGAAGGCUCAUUGAUUUCAAGGAAAUUCAGUAUGGAUACCGCAGAGUUAAUCCCAUGCAUGGAGUGGAGUACAUUUUGGAUUUAUUACUCCUCUACAAAAGGCACAAAGGAAGGAAACUGACUGUGCCAGUGAGACGUCAUGCUUAUCUUCAGCAGUUAUUCAGCAAGCCUUUCUUCAGAGAAAUGGAAGAGUUAGAUAUCAGUGGUCUUGUGGAAAGUAUCAAUAGUGACACUCAGCCAUUCUCCUUAAUAUCUAAUUCGCUAACAAUACUAUCUUCUCUUCCAGGGGCCAAAGAAAUGGGAGGUCAAAAUGAAAAGAAAAUACAUAUUCUGGUUCCCCUCGUUGGAAGAUUUGACAUUUUCUUGAGAUUCAUGGAGAACUUUGAAAAUACAUGUCUGAUCCCAAGGCAAAAUGUAAAGCUGGUCAUAAUCCUUUUCAGUAGGGAUUCUGGCGAAGAUUCUGACAAGCAUGUCGAGCUCAUACAAGAAUAUCAGAACAAGUACACUAAAGCAGAUAUAACCCUGAUUCCUAUGAAGGGAGAGUUUUCCAGAGGUCUGGGUCUUGAAAUGGCCUCCUCCCAGUUUGACAAUGACACUUUGCUGCUAUUUUGUGAUGUUGACUUGAUCUUCAGAGGAGACUUUCUCCAACGAUGCAGAGACAAUACAAUUCAGGGACAACAGGUAUACUAUCCGAUCAUCUUCAGCCAGUAUGACCCAAAGGUAACCAAUGGAGGAAAUCCUCCCAUAGAUGAUAAUUUUGUAUUCUCAAAGAAAACUGGAUUUUGGAGAGACUAUGGCUAUGGAAUCACCUGUAUUUACAAAAGUGAUCUUCUGGGUGCAGGUGGAUUUGAUACCUCAAUACAAGGCUGGGGACUGGAAGAUGUAGAUCUCUACAAUAAAGUGAUUCUGUCUGGUUUAAGGCCCUUCAGAAGUCAAGAAGUAGGAGUGGUGCAUAUUUUCCAUCCAGUUCAUUGUGAUCCUAACUUGGACCCUAAGCAAUAUAAGAUGUGCUUGGGAUCCAAGGCAAGUACUUUUGCCUCAACCAUGCAACUGGCUGAACUCUGGCUAGAGAAACAUUUGGGUGUCAGGUACAAUCGAACUCUCUCCUGA